AUGGAUUCUUCCAGCUUAGAUCAUCUGCAGGGCCAUGAGAAGGGAGAUAUCUCAAAAGUUCCACCAGAGCCUUCCGAUGAGCACGAGUACCCCUCAGGUCUUAGGCUCGGGCUGCUGAUGACCUCCCUCUACAUUGCCAUGUUCCUAGUUGCCUUGGACAAACUCAUCGUCUCAACUGCCACACCAUCCAUCACCGAUGAAUUCCACGCGUCAAACGAGGUUGGUUGGUAUGGAACGGCCUACAUGCUCACCAACUGCGCCUUUCUACUCGUCUCUGGAAAAAUAUACACCUUCGUCAGCGUCAAAGCGGUCUUUCUCGCCUCUGUUGUUCUGUUUGAGAUCGGUUCUGCCAUCUGCGGCGCAGCACCCAACUCGGUUGCCUUUAUCAUAGGUAGGGCCAUUGCCGGAUUGGGGGCCGCCGGGGUCCAAGAAGGCAUUCUAGUCCUCAUAAUUUAUGCUGUCCCACUUGCGAAGCGACCCAAGUACCAGGGCUUAUUUGGUGCGAUUUAUGGCAUCUCUUCCAUAAUCGGCCCGCUUAUUGGCGGCGCGUUCACUUCAAACAUUUCUUGGAGAUGGUGCUUUUACAUCAAUCUUCCUUUUGGAGGCGUGGUCCUCCUAUUCGUCUUUAUCCUGUUACAGGUCCCUGGUGCCUCGUCCAAGGAUGCCUCGACGUGGAAACACAGAUUGGCGCAGCUCAACAUAGAAGGGGUGGUUGCUCUCCUCCCAGGGGUUGUCUGCCUCUGUUUGGCUCUGGAAUGGGGUGGUUUCACGUACAGUUGGAGGAAUGGGCGUAUCAUUGCCUUACUUACAGUCGCUUUCAUCAUGUUGAUCGUAUUUAUCUUCGUUCAGAUCUGGAGACCUAGAACAGCCACGGUGCCACCACAUAUUUUCAUUCAACGAAGCAUUCUUGCUGGCUUCUGGGUGACCUGCGCGGUUGGGGUGCACAUGACAAUGUUUAUCUACUAUCUUCCGAUCUGGUUUCAGUCCGUCAAGGGUAACUCCGCCGUUAAGAGCGGCAUUCACCUGCUCCCCCUGGUGAUUGCCAUGGUUGUUUCGUCUAUUAUUAGCGGGGUGGGAACGACUCAAGCCGGUUACUACACGCCCUUCCUGGUCGCCGGCACAUGCAUUGUAUCGAUUGGGGCAGGGCUUCUCACUAUCCUCCAAGUUAACAGCACCACUGGCCAAUGGAUCGGGUAUCAGAUCAUAUACGGUCUUGGCUUGGGCUGUUGCUUCCAGGCGCCCACCAUGGCUGCGCAGACGGUACUCCCCCGCGAAGAAGUGGCCAUUGGGGCUUCCCUGAUGCUUUUUGGCCAAACUCUCUUCGGUGCCAUAUUCGUGUCGGUCGGCCAGAACGUUCUCGACCAACAUCUGGCUAUCCGUCUUGCCCGCCUUUCUGGCAUCAACAUCACACCCGAAACUAUUAAACGCGCUGGUAUUACUGGCCUUUUCAGGAUUAUUCCGCCCCAGGACCACACUGCUGUUCUGGAGGCUUAUGAUGCCUCGCUGCGCUUGUGUUUUGUGAUUGGCCUUGUCUUUGCCUGUCUGUCUGUCAUCGGCAGCAUUGGCAUGGAGUGGCGCAACGUCAAGAAACAAGACGGAAACAAAAAAUCGACUAGCGAAACUGCCGGUGAAGUCCAACUUGAGCGUAUGGAGCAAUGAGGUCACUAGCUAGUAGUAGCUUAAUAGAAAGUGCACAUUCGAUCAGAGCGGGACCGGGGGCGGAGACUCGGUGGAACCUAUUUCCGGGGGGCCGAUGCCGCCCUCCCCGACUUUGCGGAGAAUCUGAUUGGGCCAUGAUGGCGUAUGAGUCAAACGGAAAACUUGCCGGGGCG